AAUGCGGCUGAGGAAUCGUGUAACCGGGUAGAAAAAUGAUGACUUUGAAAUUUGUAGCAUAUUUGUCGUGUUUUUUCAACCUAGUCUGUUUCUUGAAAGUCAUGUUAAAAAAAGUAUUCCAUUUUUAGGAAAUUGAACUGGAAAUGGAUUUGGAGAGUAGCCGAUAGGCCAUUUCAUGUAUGGAAGCCUUCUUUUAUCCACAUCUGUGAAAAUUUUCAAGAAAAUUCACAGAAUUUUUCACAGAAUUUUCUCAUCGCAUCGCUGCACUAUUUUGGCAGUUUUUGAAACGAUAAUCCAAGUUUUCCCGCCACGCUUCAAAUGUAUACUAUUUAAUGGACGUAUGUAAGGUUGCGCGGAGUUUGAUGCUCCGUAAGGUGUUUGCAAGACAAAGAGAGGAGAAGAUAGGAGAGAAGGAUGGUAAAAUCAUGAGGAUCUUCGGUCAAGGGUACUACAAAAAUGCCUGGAAAAUUCUGAGAAUCCAAAUUUAGUCUACAUUUCUACGUACAAGUAUACAAAUAGCUCUAUCGAAACAUCGAUAGUUCUACUUUUGAAACGAAUGCAAAGGCGGGCAUCUGCGAUAAAAUGAAUAAUGCAAUAAAAAUGGAUUGGCUUAGCUCUGCCGAAGGAGAGUCAUUGCUUCAUCAUUUCUAUGUUCGUUCUACAAACAACAGAAGAUUUUAUGGAUUACUGGAGAGGCCUCCUGUAUCUUCUUCGAUCGAAGAGGUGUCUUAUAAAAUAUUUAUGGCAGGUAAAUCUGGAGUUGGAAAAACUUCAGUAGUAUCACGCCUAGCUGGAAUUACGAAAGGAUCGUCAUCAAAUUCAAAUGGAUCAGCAACUUACUUGGAAACCAAUGGGAUUAAAAGAACGACCAUUUUCUGGCCAGUUAAAAUAUGGGAUAAAGUAGUCUUGUUUAAACUACAAUUUUGGGACGCGUCUGAAAAUAGUAUCAAAAAGUAUAGCCAUAUCCUUCCCAUGUGUAAAGAUAAAGCCGACGCGAUCUGCUCCGUAUUUUCUUUCGAAGACGCAACAUCUUUUAGCGAAUUACCGCAAAUGAUGAAUUCAAUGGCAGCGAUACAAGCGAAGCCCGCGAGCAUCGUCGUGGGAACGAGAUAUAAAGUUUGGUCGACGCUGCCUGUUUCCGACGCUCAAGUAAAAGAGUUUGAAGAAAAAUGGAAAGUGAAAGUAAUCAGAAUCGAUACGAACAAAUCUGUUACACGACCAGAAAUAUUCGAUUGUUCUUAUCAGUUGAACUGGAUAUGUUCUGCACUUUGGGAUAGAGAUCAAGAAUUCAUAUCUAAGCAAGUUGUACAGGUGUAAGUUAGAACCAGAGAGUAUAAAAUGUGAAUAUAUUUCAGCUCACCAUUUCUGGUUAUAAUUUCCGUCCUAUGAGUAAUUUAUAUUCUUUAUAACAUAAUAUAGUCAAGUUCAAAUAAACUGUACGUGAUCGUCGUUAAUGAAGACCGUAAAAAUAAGGUCAUAGAACUAA